AUGAAACAAUAUGGAAGACUUGACACCAAGGCGAAAAAGGAUUGCAAGCUAAUUCGAGACACUAGCGCGGUUCUGUGGAAGAAUCACUCUAACUACGACGUUUUGACGCGGUGGAGGUCUCCUGGCAUUCCAGGAUCAUUCUUCGACCACGCAAUCAGCUUCAGAUAUAAGAGGAUGGAAGGUGUAUCUCCUCGGCUGAAAAACUAUCAGUGCCGACUUCUUGUCAGAGGACAAGACUAUGAGGCUCUCAGGCGCCUACCAGUGGUACAGUCUAUCCCCUUCACCGACCAGCAGCAAAUUGGUCCAGUGUUCACCGAUGAAAAGUUGCGUAUGAUUGCAGUUGUCUUCCCUCAGUACCAUGCAUUUAAGGAAAAUGAUUUGUUUUGGGGAACAAACUUCACCGAAUGGACAAACUUGAAGCUGGCAUAUUUCAACCCGUGGAACUUCCAACCCAUUAAACAUCCUAUUGAAGCUUACGGAGGUUAUUAUAACAUGCUCAGCCAUUCCCAACGGUCGAGAAUGGGAAAGCUGGCAAGGUUUUAUGGCAUCCAAGGCUUCGCAUUUCAUCAUUACUGGUUUGAGUGCAACACUGUAUUUAUGGAGUCGGUCAUUAUGGAAAUGCUGAAAGAUGGACAGCCAGACCUCCCUUUUAUGCUCAUUUGGGCAAACGAAGCCUGGACACGGCAUUGGACAGGAGAGACAGGCGAAGUACUUCAGUCUCAGAGCUACGGGAAUGAGACGUGCUGGCGGUUGCAUUUUCAGUGGCUUCUACCCCUUUUCAAGCACCCUAAUUACAUAAAAGUCAAUAAUAAGCCGGCCUUUGGAAUCUACAUCGUCCCCCUUAUUAAGGAACUCAAGCCAAUGCUGAAGUUAUGGCGGUCGCUUGCCAAAGAGGAAGGUUUGCCUGGCCUCCAUAUUAUCCAGUGCCUGGGCCAUAAAGACACAGGUGUUUCCAGAAAUGUCAAUGCUAUUAUGGAGCACAACCUCGACCCGCAUUUUGUCGUUGGGGACCUUGAUGAUGAUCCUGUUCAUGUGGAGGCAAGGCUGGAGGAGAGAUUUAGAAUCGCUCGAAAUGAUGCGAACAAUGGAACGACCCCCAACCUCUUCUUCCUCACUGCAUGGAAUGAAUGGGGCGAGGGAAACGUGCUGGAGCCUAACAACAUAUUCGGUUACGGAAAUUUGAAUGCGGUUGCACUGGCAUAUGAGAGCAGCAAGCAUGAAGCCAGCAAUGACAUCGGCAUUUUGAACAAACUGCACGAGUCUAUGGACGAAUGCAGAUUGAAGCUGGACAUUCAGUACUACGUUGAUCUUGCUGGUGCAGGCCUCUUUCAUCUACUGAGUGGUCCAGAACCGGAAAUGAGGAAGCAGCUCAUCACUUCCCGCACAAUGCUCUCUUCGCUUGACGCAGCGCUCGAAUCAGCUUCUGGUCCACGAACGGCUGCCUUUCAGCCGAAGCUCAAGCCUCGCGCUAGGAAGGGAGGAGCUGGCGGCGGGGCGGGUGCUGAAGCUGCGGCGCCAGCAGGACAAUCUGGCCCAUCAGCCGGUCCAUCAGGGGGGCGCACUGCUCCUGCGGGAAAUGUAGCGGGAGUUGCGCAGGCUGUAGCGCCGCCCGUCCGCGCUAUAGCCGCUGCAGUUGCGACCGUCCCUUCCGAACGAACAUCAGCAUCAGCGCAACGUCCCCUUCCUGACGCCCCGAUUUCCGCGCCACAACUACCCUCUCGGUCUGCAGCACCAGAAGCUCUUGGCCUGGGCUCACCUGCACCAUCCUCUUCAGCAGCAGUAGUAGCCGGGGCGACUCAUCAAGCAGAGGGGUUAGGUUUGGUUCAAGAGGGUUUUGGCGCCCCUUCCAGAACUGCCACUGCUGCCCCUCCCCCUGCCGCCACAGCAGCCACUGGUGCAAGAGCGUCAUCAGCAUCUGUCCCUGCUACAGCUCCCACCCCUCCCUCCUCCCAUGCUCCUACCCUCCCCGCUCCCCACGCGUCCGCUCGUCCCGCUCCGCGUGCUCCUGCCCCUGGCUCCCUAGAAAACGGUCCUCAUAGAAAUGCCGCGCCUGCAGCCCAUGCUGCUGCUGCUGGUGCUGCUCCUGGCACUGCCGUGGGAGCAGCAGAUGCAGUGGUGCGAGGAAUUGGGAGAGGGAGGGAGAAGGAGAAAGGGGCAUCUGGGGGUGAUAAGAGCCGAGGCGUGAUUGGGUCGGGAACCAAGGGAGUGUUCUUUCCACACUCUUUCCGGAAAGGGAAAAGGCGGUCGCAGGUGACUCCGGAGCUGCUGGCAGCGGAGGACCUGUCAGGCUUCACCAUCCAGCAGAUCAUUCAACGGUCGGAAGUGCUCGACCGAGAGAAAGAGAAGGAGGAGCAGGAGAAGAAGCGGAUAGAGGAGGAGGUGGAGCGGAACAGAAGAAAGCUGGCCAGGCGGCGAGGCGAGGAUGUGGAUGAUGACAGCGAGGGCCCCGACGCCUCUGCGCCAGCCAGCAACCCCCCACCUGGCAGCAGCGGCGAUGGUGGCGGAGUGUUCGCUCCCCAGGUGACAGUAAUCGACGGGCGCAUCGUGGUGAACGAGGCGAGCCUCACGGUGGACGCGCAGGGGGGGAGGGACGCGGCGAUGGAGGGGUACAAGCGGGUGGAGGAGAGCUCAGCGCGGCUCAACUAUGGCACGCAUAUGAAGAGGGAGAAGAGCGACCGAUGGAGCGUGGAAGAGACGACUCUGUGGUACCAGGCUCUGCAGCAGUUCGGAACGGACUUUGAGAUGCUGCAGGCGCUCUUUCCCAAGCGCUCUCGGAGGCAGAUGAAGGCCAAGUUCAAGCGAGAGGAGAUGCUGCACCCGCACCUCGUCACCCACGCGCUCACACACCGAUGCACAGACAAGCAGCAGUACGAGCGCCUGGCCUCGGCCCUCAACCCACAGCUGGCGCUGCAAGAGGGAGUGGGUGGUGAAGACGCUUAUGGGGAAGGUGACUAUGGUGCAGGGGCGGACGGAACAGGGGAGUAUGGCGUUGUGACACAAGAGAGCGUUGCAGUGACUCAAGCAGAAGGUGACUAUGGCGAGGCAGAGUAUGGGGAGGGGGAGGAGGAGAUGGGAGGGACGACAGGGUAUGAAGACCCGUUUGCUGCGUAUGGAGGGGACGGGGAAGUGGAGGAGGAUCCACUGGGUGGGUAUGGCUGA